ACACAUUUUGAUUCUUGUCAAGUCAAACUGUCAGUCGCGUCCGCAAAAUUAAAAUCCAUAGUGAUAAUGAAGCAAAAUAAAGAUAAAACCUAAUGUAUUUAAUAUCAUUGAAUGUUAUCUUCACACCCACGUGAAUAUUACAAACCUAAACUGUUAUUGUUACUCCAAUUCCAAUCCAGAUAAGCAUUGGCCAAACCAUAGUGGUACUUCUGAAAGGCACAAGUUUUUACAAUAUUGACUAUUUUAUUUGAAACGUCUCACCUACAUAAUGAUCAGUAUUUCGAACGCUUGCAUUAGUUUGUGUAUUCUUGUACUUUUCGUCAACAUACGUGCUUCUUUGUCUCAAUACAGCAAGCCUUGGAGUGACAAAUAUGAGAGUAAUAAGUGUCCAAAACUAUACCCAAAGAAUUUUAUCAAUUAUGCCCCAGUAGGUAACUUAACUGCUGGAAACUACUCAGAAAAAACAGGUCUCAAGGGUCUUCGGCAAUGUGUGAUGGCAUGCUGCCUGGAGGAGACCUGCAACAUUGUGUUUAUCUUUGAUUCCCGCUGCUUCCAUGUGGAGUGUGUGAGUGAUGAGCUGUGCUUGCCACUGCUGCGGGUUGGGAGCCCCAAGUGGGAGUCCCAUGUCUCCAUGAUACUGGUCAAGCCUGUGCUGCCCAAUGAAAACUGGUCUGACAUCCUGGAUCAGUCCAGCUACAGAGAAGCUGGCAGCAAUUAUUCCCCUGAGGAAGAGUCAGUUUACUCCCCAUACACCAGGAACCAAAACCUCGUCACCGACGAUGAGGAAUCAAACUUCCUGUCGCAUUUCCUUAAUAAUCUGCCAAUGGAGGAUGAUGAUACUAGGCCGUAUGAUAAAUACAGGGACAGUACUGACAAUGAGUUGUUAGUGGAUGCAACUAGGUUCCUGGAAAAAGUUCCUUGUGAAGUCGGCGCGUCAGGGGACUGCCCUUUCAACUCUGAAUGCAUUCCACUUGGUCUGAAAACACGCAACGGCAUUUGCAAAUGCGUACCCGGCACUGAAGAGAACGCGCAAGGAGUUUGCGUACAGAUGUUGAGGCCUUUCUCUAAGGGGCCUACCAUUCCUAUGGACAGCAAGAAGAGUGGGGAGGCGUUGGACAAAACAGACAUUAAAUCUGAAGCGCCUAAGACUGAUCAGAAUUUGACUGUCUCCAUUGUUUCUAAAACGGUCCAACUUCCAGACAAUGAAGUAACUUUAGCAGCAUAUACAAUUCCUGAUGAGAAGGCUACAAUGAGCCACUAUAACUAUGCAUGGACGCUAGUUGACCAGCCUAAUGGUGGAUUUACAGGCAACAUGAAUCAAAACGGCGCAACAGUAACUCUAACCGAGCUGACCGAGGGCCAGUACCGCUUCAAGCUGACGGUGAACGGCACGAACGCGUACGGCGAAGGCUUCGCUAACGUGACGGUGUUGCCACCACUAAGAGUCAACACACCGCCGCAGGCGAUAGUGACGCCGCAGACACAGACUGUUAAGUUGCCGAAUUCGGUAGCGGUGCUCGACGGCAGCUCCAGCAAGGACGACGAUGCAAUAAUAUCAUGGCACUGGGAGCUCACAUCCGGCCCUAUCGGUUACCAGCCGCCUUUAGAAGACAAGCCCACACUUGUACUGAAGGACCUCAAGCAGCCGGGGAACUAUACGUUCAAGCUUACAGUGGAAGACUCCGACCAUGUCAAGAACUCCACCACGGCCAAUAUUACAGUGCUGAACCAUACCGACUACCCGCCAGAAGCGAAUGCAGGUCAAGACGUAAUAAUCUACCUCCCGAACAACAACCUGACCUUGAACGGAAGCCUAUCGACGGACGACCACGAGAUCACCUCGUGGGAGUGGACGAAGGCCGCCGAGGACGAGAAUAAAGCCGUCGACAUGCAGAAUACACACUCGCCGUACUUGCAGCUAUCAAACUUAUCGGAGGGCAUGUACACCUUCGUGCUUAAGGUGACGGACUCCUCGGGUCAGACGUCAGCCGCCGAAGUGCACGUGUUUGUCAAACCGCCCACCAACACGCCGCCGGAGGCCCACGCCGGCCCGGAUCAGUUCAUAUCUCUCCCCCAAACGUGGGUAACCCUCAACGGUUCGGCCUCGCACGACGAUCACCGUAUAGUCGCAUACACAUGGCGCUGCCUCGUCGGCCCCACUAACAGUACCAUCCUCAACUUCAAUGAGUCCGUCGCCAACGCGACCGGCCUCACGAAGGGCCAGUACGUUUUCUCGCUGACUGUACUUGACGAUAACGGGAAUUCCGCCUCGGAUAAUGUGACUGUCAAUGUGGCUCAGAACCAGAAUAGUCCCCCGAAAGCGAACGCGGGCGGCAACCAAGUACUGUACCUGCCGUUGCCGGUGCUUAUUCUGAACGGGUCGAAAUCGUCGGACGACUUCCGCAUCGUGUCGUGGAAGUGGACGCGCUCGGGCUCGGGCCUGGCCGCCGGCACCGUCAUACUCGACUCCGACAGGGAACCCGUGCUUAUGUUAACGAACAUAGAGCCGGGCCGCUACGUGUUCGAGUUGACGGUGACGGACGACCAGGGCGACUCCGACAGAGACACUGUCAGCGUGCAGGUGAAGCCAGAUCGUCUAGAACGCAACCUACUAGAGAUGACCCUCAACAUUCCCAUAUCAUCGUUCACGCAAACACAGCUCGAGUCGCUCAUACAGAAGAUGACGCUUCUCCUAAAGGACGAUGUCAAGAUCAAUGUCACAGAAGUGCGCGGGGAAAUCGAUUCGGGGAACACACAACUUAUAUUCUUAUUGUGGGAAAAUGGUGAAGCGAUGGAAGGCAUCCGCGCAGUGUCGCUGUCCCGCUCGGCGGCGGCGGCGGCGGGCCCCGAGGCGGCGGCGCGCGUGCGCACCACGCGCUGUCUCAGCUCGUGCUCGGGCCGCGGCGUGUGCGACGACGCCACGCGCCAGUGCCGCUGCGACGCCUUCUGGAUGCAGAGCCUGCUCGCACAGCUGCAGCCGCACCGAGUGCCCGACUGCGAUUGGUCGGUGGUGUACGCGAGCCUGGGCGGCGUGGCGCUGCUGUGCGCGCUGGGCGGCGGCUGCUGGGGCUGCGCGCGCGCGCUGCGCCGGCUGUGCGCGUGCGCGUGCGCGCCGCGCAAGCCGCCCCGGAGACCCAAGUACAGGCUGCUGCCCGUCGCUGACAACGAAGACAAGCCGUUCACUGCCAAAGACCUGUCUGAAUCGGAGACGGAGUCCGACGUGCUGUUCGAGAGCAAGAGCAAAACCACGUCGUUCGCGACGCGACUCAUGAACGGCGAGGCACCGCACAACUACAAGAAGAACGGACACUACAAGGGCACGAGGUGAC